AUGCGAAUAAGUUUUCAUUUGGGUCUUCGAGUAUCAAGGGGCCUUUUACAACAACGUAUGGACAUUCUUCAAGUCGAUCUACAACAAAUUCGUGAUUUCGUCCCCACAGAUGAAUACGAUCUUGAUUCCUUGUUAACCGAUCGGAAUUUUGAAUAUCAAAAACAAAUAGCCAAUGAAAUGACACACGAAAGCAAUGAAAUUCUUUCGUUAAUAACAUCAGCUUUGGAUAGCUAUCAAAUCGAUGUUACAUUAGAUUCAACUGUGUUGAUCCGUACAAUGACGCAACUAUUAGCUUCCCUUGGAAAUGCUUUACAAUCCCAUACGAAUUUCUCUUUUGGCUUGUAA